AUGUCAACCACUACAAUUGUCACAACCACCGCUACAUCAAUAGUAUCAACAAUGUCAACCACUGCUACAUCAUCAGUAUCAACAAUGCCAAACACUACAACAUCCACUGCUGCCACUUCAGCAUCCACAACUACAACACCAACCACUAUAACCACUACAAUGCCAAAAACACCAACCAUUAAACCACCUACCACAACCACUACACAAACCACCACAACAACCACUUCAAACAUUCCGAUUACCACACCAAUCACCACAACUAGAUCACAAACCACUACAACUACGACAAUGCAAACCACCCCAACCACCUCACUAUCCACUACAACCAACACAAUGCCAAACUUCAUUACCACAACGCUAACCACUACAAGCACCACCUUAACAACACCAACCACUACAACUAAGAUAGCAACCACCAUGUCAACAACAACAGUUCCAACUACUACAACCACUACACCAACCAUUACAACCACAUUGCCAUCCGCUACAGCUACCACAACAUCCAUUACCGAAACUUCAACCACCACUCCAACUACCACAACUACAACACCAUCUACCACAAUGCCAGCAACUACAACUACCUCACCAACCACCACAUGA